CACGUUUACGUACGACGGGAUGACGUGCUCCUUUCGUUGCGUAUGUGGAGUAGUGUUCAGCGGCGUUGAAUCUUAUUGAGGCAAGUACGUCUUUUUUGUGUCCAGUAGUCGAUUGUGAAGAUCAAAAUGCAGCUGUUCUUACGUGCACAGGACACGCACACUGUGGAAGUCACAGGCCAUGAGACAGUGAGGGACAUCAAGGUCCGGGUCCAGGCACUAGAGGGUGUGGCUCUUGAAGAUCAGGUGCUGCUUUUGGCUGGCUCCCCACUGGAGGAUGAUGCCUGUCUGGCCCAGUACGGGGUGUCAGAGCACUGCACUCUGGAAGUGGUGUCUAGAAUGCUGGGAGGUAAAGUCCAUGGCUCCCUUGCUCGUGCUGGUAAAGUUCGAGGUCAAACACCUAAGGUGGACAAACAGGAAAAGAAAAAGAAGAAAACAGGCCGUGCCAAACGACGUAUUCAGUACAACCGCCGCUUUGUCAAUGUGGUUCCCACUUUUGGCAAGAAGAAGGGUCCUAAUGCAAACUCCUAAAUACAAAACUUUCCCAUUUUGAGGAAGUAAAGCAUAUUUGCAGAGACUACACCCCUUUCUCUGGAUGGCUGGCUUCUGCUGAGAAGGCAGCCCACUCUUUCCUCUUUGAGUGUGCUGAAUCCGAGUUCACAUUUAAACAAUUUGACUUAUUUGCUUUUGAAAACAUUGAAAUAAAUUUCAGAUUUGAAGGGUUAUCCGUGACUUUGGUAGAUUG